CUUCACUCUUUCACUUCACUCUUCCACUACCCUUAUCACCUUCGAGUCAGUAAUUAUCAUAAUGACGGCUAGUAGCAGCUUCACAAUCCCGCGACUUGAGAUGGACCCUGAAACCGGACGUCAACUUUUAAUGGUAAAGGAUAAACCUUUUCUAUGUUUAGCUGGCGAAUUACAAAAUUCAUCAUCUAGUAGCGCAUCUUAUAUGGAAAAACAGAUGGAAAAUUUACGUUCUAUGAAUCUAAACACAAUUUUAAUGGCAGUAAGCUGGGAACAAAUUGAACCAAUAGAAAAUACAUUCGAUUUUGCUGAAUUGGAAGCAAACAUCUUAUUGGCCAGAAAAUACGACUUUAAGCUUGUGCUAGUAUGGUUUGGCAAUUACAAAAAUGGGAUGAGCACAUACGUACCUUCUUGGGUAAAGAAAGACCCAAAUCGUUUCCCGAGAUGCUCGAUUCAUUGUCCGAACAACGAUCAAGAGUCUAUUGUGGAAGUUUUAACACCUUUCGCAAAAGAGAAUUGGAAUGCAGAUGCAAAAGCAUUUGGCCAUUUGAUGUCUCACAUUAAAGAGAUUGAUUCUGUAGAAAAUACCGUGAUUAUGGUUCAAGUGGAGAAUGAACCAGGACUACUCGGCGAUAGUCGUGAUCGAAGUCGUGAAGCGCAGUCAAAUUGGGAUGCUGGUGUACCAAAACUUUUACUCGAAAGACUGGCGAAAACAACAUUGCAUCCAAUCCUUCUAUCACGUCUUCCCAAUCUGCCUAAAAUUUUGCAAAAUGCUGCUUUAUCUUCCUCCACUUCCGAUGGAUGGAUUGAAGUUUUUGGGAGUCAAGCUGAUGAAGUAUUUAUGGCCGAUGCAUUCUCUCAAUAUGUAGAACAAGUGGCACGUGCAGGAAAAGAGGCUUACGCCAUUCCUUUCUUUAUAAAUACCUGGUUAAGCUGUGAUGACGUAACAUGUUUGGAUUUAGAGGGUAUUCCACUAAAGCAUAAUAUGACAACUGCUGCUGGAGGUGGGAAUAAACCGGGAGAUUAUCCUUCUGGUGGUUGUUGUCCACAAAUGCUGAACGUUUGGCAACAAAAUGCGCCUUCACUUGAUAUAUUUUCUCCUGAUAUUUAUUUGCACAACUUUCAAUGGGUUUGCGAACAGUACGUAGGCCAGAAUAACACAACACAACGUACACUGGUCAUUCCGGAAAUGCGAAGGGAUGAAUAUGGUGCAAGACGUUUGAUGUUGGCAUAUGGAAAUUAUAACUGUCUUGCUGCAAGCCCUUUUGGAAUUGAUACAAUGAAAGCAAAUGAAGCACCUUUUUCACGUAUUUUCAAACUACUGAAAAAGGUUGAAAAGCCUUUAUUAAAAGCAAAACCAGGUCUGGAAACGUUUGGAUUCUGCUUUGAUGAAAUCGAUCGUUCACGUUCGACAAUCGAAGAAACAAGAGUAAAGAUUAUGGGUGAUUGGAAGAUAAUAAUCAAACGGGCACACGUUUUUGGAGUUCCAGGUCCAGGUUGUGGAAUAGUGAUUCAAGAAGCACAUGACAAGUUUUUGUGUAUCGGAUGGGGAUAUAGCGUUUAUUUCUCUCACGAGAAUAAACAAUUUACUGGGAUUUUGAGCGCUAUGGAAUUGGAUUAUGUAAAUACUGAAGAUGGCCAAGGAACGUUGAAGCAGGGAAGAUUACUCAACGGGGAUGAAACGCGAAGUGGUGCUUGUCUUACCAUGCCAAACGAAUAUCCGGAUGAAGGUGGAUUUCCGAUCCCUAUCACAAUUCCUUCUGGUACUGCAAUUACCGUUUGUCAGCCGUACGCUUUGUAGAAAAAGAGAAUCUUAUGUGCAGUAACUGCAUCCGUUAACGUCUCGAGCGUAAAGACUGACGACAUUGUUGUUACCGUUCAAAGCUCCACCUCCAACGAUUACAAUAUCUUUUGGAUUAAAACCAACGGCAAGCGAUCUUGAAUAUUGACCGGGAGAAGAUGUUGAGAUUCGGGUCCAUGCAUUAGGAUCUCCAUUCUGUUUGUUAACGUAAAGAGAGCCAUCACUGUAAGCAUUUGCAACUACGGUUCCAUUGGCAGUCUUCGCACCCGAUGAUCCAGAUUGAGCUCCAAUUGGCGUCCAAGUAAUGAAAGGUGAAGAAUAAGGUGCUGUACCAUCUCGAGCAAUCAAUUGAGUAGGUGCUACGUUAUCCCAACUGGUGGGAUCAGUGGUAAUCUUGUAGUAUACGUCACAGUUUCUUGUUCCACAAUAUUCAAAUGUCAUUAUAUAUUUAC